AUCCCAUUAGCUACAAACAUGCUGCCAGAGCUUCAUGGGAACUAUGAUUUAUUUUUCCUGUGUUAAGAUGUCUGCUGAGCUCCUCUCUGUGAGUGAUCCAGGUGGGAAUAAUGGAAAUCCUCAAGACACCUCAGUGGGGGGCACAAAACCUUUACACCGCUUCUUAAAGGGACAACCCAAAAUUAUUGGUACAAUUGUGCUGAUCUUGGGUGCAUCCUUCUUUAUCAUAUCCGUUGCGAUCACGGCAGACUCCCACAUGAUGUAUAUAUGGACAGUCAUCCCACCAGGCUUCCUGCUGGGGACACUGUUAAUCAUAUGUGGAAUUACAUACAUUUUGGCACAACACAACACCACCAAGAAAACAGUAACCAUUUCGUUAUCUCUGAGCAUUGUCUCCAUACUGGUCGCAUGCUGGACUUUAAUACACAUCCUGCCUGACAUAGAAGCAUAUUCCUACCACCUAGAUUACAUUUAUGAUAAUGGAACCUUUUCAUUUACUGAACCAAUGGAAAAUCGCCAGCUCAUGGGAUUGGCUUUGGAAGCAGUUUUGGUGUUCUACACUUUUGUUGUAGCGGUUAUUUUCAUUGUAAUGUCAGCUCUGGCUGGCAUUGCCCUGCGAUCCACAAAAAGCCAGGCCAUUGUAGUGAUGACUGCUGCAUCGCCUGAUUCGUCAGUUGAAUAGCAAGCACAAGGGGACUGUCUGAAGUGUGAAAAAUUAAGAAAAGAAAUAUAUAUAUACUGUAUAAACAAACCCUUUAGUUUUAGUUUUCUGAAGGGGCAGACUCAGUACAUCGUUUUGAAAUUGCAUGGUGUAUGGCCUAACAUAAACUUGAUAAAUCAAUAAGGAACAAAUUAAUAAUCUGUUUCAUACAAGUAUGGUUCACAUUCCAUGUCACAUGCUAAUAUUAUCCUUAAUAAAUCAAAUUUAUGUACAAAUGUAUUUACUGGUCCAAUUUACCUUAAUUAAUUAGAUACUGCCAUUUAAUUCUGUUGGGGCACCUACUCAGCUGAGUUUUAGCAGAUAUUCUGAUGGUUCCUUAUAAAAUUAAUACAAUUAAUUAAUUGCAUUAUUGCAUGUGUUGCACCUUUUUUCAUAUUUCCCUACUAAUUUUAUUUGUUUGUAAUGUGUGCUGAUAUAUGUGUGUUUGUAUGUUAGUAAAGAAACAGAAAGGAAACGAUGUUUGCAAGAAAGAGACACACACAAAUAUUUUUAAGGUAUCGUAACAUUUUUCAUGAAACCUUUUAAUGCAGUUAAAGUACAAUGUUACAUUCUUAUAAUAUUAAAGUUAAAUGAUCUCAAAAUUAAUUACAUCUGUUUUAUCAGAAAUGUUCCUCUUUGUCUCACUGUUCCACUGUUCUUAGAUCAGCUGGUUGAUUUUAGCUGGAGACUGCUCAUCUCACAGCUAAUGUUUCAAAAGCCAUAGAGCCCAAACUAUUACAUUAGUAUAACGAAAAAAAUAUUAACAGCAGCCCUUAUUAAUCAUAAGUACACAAUUAAAUGUCCUACAUUGUUGUUGUUUUUUAGCAUCACAAGUUAAUAACCCAACUUUUUAAAAAAAAAAAUUCAAAUAGGCAGGAACUUCAGAACAUGAAAACACAAUCUUAGGAACUUAAAGCACCUCUCAUAAAUUGCAUUGCAUUUUUAUUUAUAUAUUUAUUUACCUAUCAAAGGUACCAAUAUUUCAUACCAGGUGUAAGAUACCAAAUAAUAUGAUCCUUUUUCACCCUACUGUCCCUAACAGAAAUAUUUUGGAAUAGACCAGACAGAACAUGCACAGAACCUCAUAGCUGCCCUUGACUCAUGUUUCACACCAUUGGCACAAACACUGUGACACCCAACAAGCUGUCCCCUUCUUACAGGGAACACUAUGUGAGACAUAUAACUAAUACAUGUGUAAAAAAGAGAGAUUCAGAAUCACAACACUAAAUGGAAUGAAGUCAACAUUAUGGCAAAGACCUACUAGACUUCUUACUGGCUAAACAUGCAAAGUUAAUAAGAGCAUAGAAUAUGUGUGUGUGUGUCCCUCUCUCCAUUAGACUAGACAGCUCUGAUACCUGUGGAAGUGAAAAGCCGUGAAAGCAACUUUGGAAUAUAAUGUACCAGCCAGUUAGUUGACAUGGUAAUAUCUUUAAAUUAAAUCACACACACAGAGGAAAUGUCAUGGUUCUGGCUACCUGGUGAAUGUGAAGUCAUUAUUGAGUUUUACUUGGUUUGG